GGUGGAAUGAACCUUCCUUGUUGAAUGUCUCCUGGUUACCAGUUGAAUUUCAUCCGUGAAGAAUUUUCCCAAUAGUGGACGCCACUUUGUGGCAUAUUUGAUUGCUGAUUGAGGGAUUAUAAAGCUUUCUGAUUUCCUGAAGAAGGGGAGGAAGUUGCUUCAGUAUCAGAAAACUUGGUAUCACAGCCACAAUGGUGCUGUCACAGAGACAACGAGAUGAACUAAAUCGAGCUAUAGCAGAUUAUCUUCGUUCAAAUGGCUACGAAGAGGCAUAUUCGGUUUUUAAAAAAGAAGCUGAAUUAGAUAUGAAUGAAGAAUUAGAUAAGAAAUAUGCUGGUCUUUUGGAAAAAAAGUGGACAUCAGUUAUCAGAUUACAAAAGAAGGUUAUGGAAUUAGAAUCAAAGCUAAAUGAAGCAAAGGAAGAAUUUACGUCAGGUGGACCUCUUGGUCAGAAACGAGACCCAAAAGAAUGGAUUCCUCGACCUCCAGAAAAGUAUGCAUUGAGUGGACAUAGGAGUCCAGUCACUCGUGUCAUUUUCCACCCAGUUUUCAGUGUUAUGGUCUCUGCUUCUGAGGAUGCUACAAUAAAGGUGUGGGAUUAUGAAACUGGAGAUUUUGAACGAACUCUUAAGGGACACACAGACUCUGUACAAGAUAUUUCCUUUGACCACAGUGGCAAACUUUUGGCUUCUUGUUCUGCUGAUAUGACCAUUAAACUUUGGGAUUUCCAAGGUUUCGAGUGCAUCAGAACCAUGCAUGGCCAUGAUCACAAUGUCUCUUCAGUAGCCAUCAUGCCUAAUGGAGAUCACAUAGUAUCUGCCUCCAGGGACAAAACUAUAAAAAUGUGGGAAGUGCAAACUGGCUACUGUGUGAAGACUUUCACAGGACACAGAGAAUGGGUGCGCAUGGUGCGGCCAAAUCAGGAUGGCACCUUAAUUGCCAGUUGUUCUAAUGACCAGACAGUUCGUGUAUGGGUAGUAGCCACAAAGGAAUGCAAAGCUGAGCUCCGAGAACAUGAGCAUGUGGUUGAGUGCAUUUCCUGGGCCCCAGAAAGCUCUUAUUCCUCUAUCUCUGAAGCUACAGGAUCUGAGACUAAAAAAAGUAGCAAACCUGGGCCUAUCUUGCUGUCUGGAUCCAGAGACAAGACCAUUAAGAUGUGGGACGUUAUCACUGGCAUGUGCCUUAUGACCCUUGUGGGCCAUGAUAAUUGGGUACGUGGAGUUCUCUUCCAUUCUGGGGGAAAGUUUAUUUUGAGUUGUGCUGAUGACAAGACCCUACGUGUGUGGGACUAUAAGAACAAGCGAUGCAUGAAGACCCUCAACGCGCAUGAACACUUUGUUACCUCCUUGGAUUUCCACAAGACGGCACCAUACGUGGUUACUGGAAGUGUAGAUCAAACAGUAAAAGUGUGGGAGUGCCGUUGAGUGAUUCACAUUUGAUGAGUCCCCUUCCCUUUCCUCUGGAUGCACUCAGAUACCAUGGUUACCCCCAUUGAGCUCUGUUUAAAUAAAUAUUGUCCUUUCAUGUAAAUUAUUCUGGAUGUAGAUUGAGCUUAUUAAAUGUUACACACAAAGUA